UGACACCAGAGAGUUUAAGGUGAUGUACAACGGAAGACUCAUCAUAGAUCCCUUUAAGCCAAUAAGUUUCUAUACUAGUUCCUUUUUCCGAGAUGAACUCGGUCCGAACGCAAAUGGACACUGCACAUUUUCGCUUCAAAAGACGGCGAGUUCCACACUGCCUCCUCUGCUCAACGCCAUGGAGGUUUACAUGGUGAACUCGCUAUCACAGAAUGAAACCGAUACAAAAGAAGUUGAUACGAUAAUAAACAUCAAGUUGAGUUGCGGCAUCAAUAAGGUUGACUGGCAAGGAGAUCCAUGCGUACCGCGGGAUUACAUGUGGUCUGGUGUUAACUGCAGUUACAUUGACAGUGAGCAACCAAAGAUCAUUUCAUUGAACUUGACUACCCAUGGCUUAACCGGGGAGAUACAGGAAUCCAUAUCAAACCUAAGUAGUUUACAACUUCUUGAUUUUUCUAACAACAGCCUGAUUGGGGUCCCGGAAUUCCUAGCCCAUAUGACAAGUUUAAAAGUCAUAAAUCUGUCAAGCAAUUUGCUAUAUGGUUCAAUUCCUACGAGUCUCCUAGAUAAAGUGCAAAGAGGAUUGGUUUAACUAAGCAUCGAAGGAAAUCCUGGGAUAUGUUCCUCUGCUUCAUGCGCAACCACAAACAAGAAGAAGACGAAGAAGAAGACCAUGGUUAUUGCAUCAGUUGCAGCAUCAAUAUUUUUGAUCUUAGUCAUUGUUUUAGUUAUCCUCAAGAGGAGAGCCAAGCUUGGUCGUUAUCCUAAUUCAGGUACAUCAUGUGAUAAUAAUCUUCAGCAGUGCAAUAAUCAAAGUAGCUCCUCAGAAAUGGCAAACAACAUGUUCACAUAUGAAGACUUGGCGCAAGGGACCGAUAACUUCUCCAAUGUCAACUUCAUUGGCCAAGGCGGGUUUGGUUAUGUUCAUAAAGGAGUUCUUCCCGAUGGAACGGAGGUUGCGAUUAAGCAGCUUAAAGCUGGAAGCGGGCAAGGGGAACGGGAGUUUCGGGCAGAGAUAGAGAUUAUAAGUAGAGUCCAUCACAGGCAUCAUGUGUCCCUCCUUGGUCAUCAUGUGUCCCUCCUUGGUUACUGCGUAACCGGAACUCAAAGAUUGCUUGUCUAUGAGUUUUUGCCCAAUAAAACGAUGGAGUUUCAUUUGCAUGAAAAAAGGAGACCAUUUGAUUGGUCAAAGAGGAUGAAGAUUGCUUCCGGAGCAGCUAGAGGAUUGGCAUACUUACAUGAAGACUGUAACCCUAAAACUAUACAUCGUGAUGUAAAGGCUGCUAAUGUUCAUAUCGAUGAUAGCUACGAGGCAAAGUUAGCAGAUUUUAGACUCGUCAAGUGUUGUUUACACAAUGAUACUCAUGUUUCUAAUCGGAUCAUGGGAACAUGCGGAUACUUAGCCCCUGAAUAUGCAUCUUCUGGGAAACUCAGCGACAAAUCAGACGUCUUCUCAUUGGGAGUUAUGCUUCUGGAACUGAUAACUGGACGCCGGCGGUAA